AUGCAUCAGGUUCUACUUGUUUCCGAAGUCCUCCUGGAAAUAUUCGCCCAUGUGGAUCAAAUAUCAUCUACUAACCCACCAUCAUCGGCUCGGAAAUUCAUGGCCGCGCUCGCAAGGACAUGCAAAGCCUUCCAUGAGCCUGCGAUGGAUUUGCUGUGGGCUGAAGUAUAUCAGUUAGAACCACUGCUAGGCUGUGUAGCGAGGCUACAUCCACUGAUAUAUCGUACACGUCAUAAGUGGGGGUACUCAGGCUUGUUCUACAACUGGGAGGAGUUCCAAGACCUCGAACCGAUUUCUGCUCUCGAGGCCCAUCAAUUUUUGCGUCACUCCACCCGUGUUCGCUCAUUGAAUAUAAUGUCUGAUGGCCUUCUUCACCUUCUCUCAGCCAUUCCCAUCGAGACAUGCGUGUUCCCCAGGUUGAGGUUUUUAACCUGGAAGCCUUCCACUGGCAAAUAUUUGGACCCAUUCCUGUCCCCCAAUCUAUCCCAUUGUGUUCUAUUGACCGUCAAUAAAUAUCUGCAAUCUAUUGUGACACGCUGUGCUGCUUUGGAGCACUUAGAAAUCAUCACUCUGCAUGCGAGCACAGUAGAUGAUCUGUCCCUGCUGUCUGACAGUGUCCGUUUGUGCAAGCAGCUUACAAGUCUGUCUUGUCCACCGCUCGACUGGGCAGCAUGGAAGCAUCUCUCCAACCUCCCUACCCUUCUCGGAGUGCAAAUUGAUACAACGCGCAGUGCCUUUCCUUGGCCAUUGGAACGGGAUAUGGUCAAUUCAUCACCAUUCCUUAACCUCAGGGAUCUUUCCAUCUUGCAUUCCAGUGCUGCAUAUAUUAUCGCAGUUAUGGAACACUCACAGUUUCCCUCGCUGACAAGGUUCGGAGUUAAAAUCAAAGUUCCGUCAUCGGCAGAGGCUCAGCGACUAUUUUGUGCGCUGUCUCACUGCAAAGCAUCCCAAACUCUGGAAGAAAUCGUUAUUUUCUUUGAAGAUUAUCAAGACGAGGACGAAGACCCCCCACCUCCGGGAAACUCUUUAACGAUGCUUCCACAUUUCCUGUCCUUCACACAGCUCCGAUCCCUGCGGCUCUAUUUGGAUGGAUCCCACAUCUACCUUAACAAUGACAUCCUCUUGGAAGCCAUGUCAGCGUGGCCGCACAUGCACACUCUGGAAAUGAGAGACUCUGGUCUUGAUCCUUCUCUCGUUACAUUCAACGGGUUAAUCACAGCGCUCCGUCAAUGUCCACACUUGCAUACGCUGCAAGUUGCGAUUGAUCUUGUGGAUAUCGAUAUCGAUCCUAAUGCUGAGCCAAUACAACAUCCCUCCCUGCGAACGUUCAAGUUGGAGUUGGACACAUCCGAGUUUCAAAUUGUAGAUGCUGAAGCUUUCGCUCGCAUCAUUUUCACCUGGUUCCCUUGUAUCGACCAAGUGGGCGAACGGGCAGAUGGGGAGUGGGAUAAAGUCAACAUGCAUGUCAGAGAAUUGAAAGCUGCUGCGCUGCAUGCCGCAGAAACCGCGUCGAAUACCUGA